UAUAUAUAUAGCUCCUGCUCGCCCACUUCUAGCCCACCACCUUUCUGCCAAAAUGAAACAUUGAGAGAGAAAGCUCGAGAGAUCUGUGAAACAUUGAAAAAGAGUUCAUCUUUGUUCUGAUUUUGGGUGUGGUUUAGAGUCUAAGAUCAUGGCUAUUGAAGCACAGUUGUAUUCAGAGAAUCUUGGGUUUCCGAUGUUUGGCUCACAAUCGCAGAAUUUGAUGGUGGACAACAACAAUGGUUGUGGUGGUUCUGGCGGUGGGUUUAAUCAGUUCUGUUUCAAUGUCCAGCAGAAACCGCCGCAGCUACUACAAUACCAGCCACCACCGAUGAAUCCUGGUGUGCUUGUCCCAGCUUUGCACAACAACAACAUCAUGGCGUAUACUCGACAGAGUAUUGCAGCUCAGGAAGCCAAGCAAAGACAAGAGAUUGAUGACUAUCUCAGAUUACAGAAUGAGAGAUUGAGAUUGGUGCUACAAGAGCAGAGAAAGCAGCAACUCGCAAUGUUGAUGAAGAAAAUCGAAUCCAGAACAGAACUACUAUUGAAGCAAAAGGAUGAAGAAAUAGCACAAGCGGUGAAGAAGAGAAUGGAGCUCGAAGAUUUCUUGAGGAAAUUGGAGGCUGAAAACCAAGCGUGGCAAAGAGUGGCUCAGGAGAAGGAAGCCGUGGUUGUGUCCUUAAACAACACUCUUGAACAGUUCAGAGAGAGAGCCGCUUGUGGUGCCAUGGAAGAUGCAGAGUCUUGCUGUGAUAGUAAACAAGAGGAGGAAGAAGAAGACACAGGGGAUUACAGAGGAGGCUUUAAUAAUGGCGUGAACGAAGAGAUAAAGAUGAUGGUUUGCAAAGGCUGCAAUUCUAAAAGGUCGUGUGUCUUGUUCCUCCCCUGCAGGCAUCUUUGUUCAUGCAAAGCCUGUGAGGCUGGCUUUGAUGCUUGUCCUGUUUGCACAACGCCAAAGAAGGCUAGCAUAGAGGCAUUGAUUUUCUAGGCUGAUUUUCUGGGAAAAAGUGGGAGAAAGAAACAAAGAAAAGGAAAAGAAGAAAAGGGUUUUGAAGGAUUUGGAACGGUGAUGAUGGUGGUGCCAUUAAUGGGCGAAACAGAACACUGAACAGAGCCAAUUUCAAUGCAAUGCCAGUGGUGCAAAUGGUUUUUUUCUCUUUCUUAAUUUGCCUUUUUGUUUUGUUUUUUGUUUUCUCCUUUUUAGGGUCUCUGAGUUUAGGUUUAGUUUGUGAGUUUUGAACAAUCAAAGACCAAUUGGACAGGAAAUACAGAACAGAGGGCAUCUUUUCCUUUCAUGGAGAUGUCUUGCUUGCUUUUGCCUUUUUGAAUGUUGUGUUUUUGUGG